AUGUCGUCGUACUCAUCAUACUAUUCGUCCCGCGAUCACCACCACGGAUCUGGUUACUCAUCUGGCGGUGGACGAAGCAGCAGCAGAGGCUAUGAUGGCUAUUCAAGCAGAAGCUCUCGUGAGCAUCGUGAGGCAUCUCCUAGAAGGUCCUCCAGCCGCUACGAUCAUCGUUCCUCAAGCCGUGACGACCGUGCCAAUCGCAGCAGUGAUAGACAUCAUGACCGAGGAGGCCAUUCGUCAUACAGCUCAUAUCGAUCAUCUCAUGACUCGUACCAUCGUAGUGGUGGUAGUGGUGGAGGCAAUAGCGGCAGCGGUGGAUACAGUAGCUAUGGCAGCGGUGGCAAUGCUAGUGGAUACGGUGGCAACAACAGCAGCAGCUAUGGUGGCGGUGGUGGAUACGGCGGCAGCAGCGGUGGUGGAUAUGGCAGCUAUGGUGGUGGAUACGGCGGCGGCAGCAGCUUCGGCGGUGGCGGUGAUCGUAUGAGUCAACUUGGCAGUGGUCUCAGGGAUAUCCAAUGGGAUCAAGUAUCUCUUCCCAAGUUUGAAAAGAACUUUUACAGUGAACAUCCCAAUGUUGCCGCUCGUAGCGAUGCCGACGUGGCCAAAAUGCGUGGUGAUGCCAACAUGACAGUAAUCGGCCAUGAUGUCCCCAAGCCAUUGAAGACUUUUGACGAAGCCAAUUUCCCAUCUUACGUCAUGAAGGAGUUACAGCAACUUGGAUUUUCAGCACCUACCCCUAUUCAAUGCCAGGGUUGGCCUAUGGCUCUUAGUGGUCGUGAUGUUGUUGGUGUUGCUGAAACUGGCUCAGGCAAAACACUUGCAUACACUCUUCCUGGUAUCGUUCAUAUCAAUGCUCAACCUCUUCUUGAACCUGGUGAUGGCCCUAUCGUCCUUGUACUCGCACCCACUCGUGAAUUGGCUGUGCAAAUUCAACAAGAAUGCACAAAGUUUGGUCGUAGCUCUCGCAUCAAGAAUACUUGUUUGUAUGGUGGUACUUCCCGUGGUCCUCAAAUCAGAGAUCUUGCUCGUGGUGUAGAGAUUUGCAUUGCUACGCCAGGUCGUUUGAUUGAUAUGUUGGAAGCUGGCAAGACAAACUUGCGUCGUGUCACCUAUCUCGUUCUCGAUGAAGCUGAUCGCAUGUUGGAUAUGGGUUUCGAGCCUCAAAUUCGCAAGAUUGUCAACCAAAUUCGCCCUGAUCGUCAAACCCUCAUGUGGAGUGCUACAUGGCCAAAGAGUGUUCAACGUCUCGCUGAAUCAUAUCUCAAGGAUUACAUCCAAGUCAACAUUGGUUCUCUCUCACUCAGCGCAUCCAAAAACGUCACACAAACGGUUGAAGUGUGUACAGAGCCUGAAAAGCGUACCAAGCUCAUCCAUCAUCUUGAACGCAUCAUGGAGGAACCAGAAACCGAACGCAAGACUUUGAUUUUCACGAGCACAAAACGCACAGCUGAUGACAUUACACGAUUCCUGCGCCAAGAUGGUUUCCCAGCAUUGGCUAUCCAUGGUGACAAGCAACAAAAUGAACGUGAUUGGGUUUUGGGUCAAUUCCGUUCCGGUGGUCAUCCUAUUAUGGUUGCUACAGAUGUGGCAUCACGUGGUAUCGAUGUCAAGGAUGUCAAAUUUGUCAUCAACUAUGACUUCCCUACCAACAUUGAGGAUUAUGUCCAUCGUGUCGGUCGUACUGGUCGUGGUGGUGCAAAGGGCCAAGCAUUUACUUUCUUCACUACUGAUAAUGCACGACAAGCACGUGAUCUCGUUGGUAUUCUUCGUGAGACAAACCAAGUCAUUGACCCUCGAUUGGAAAUGAUGUCAACAUCGUCUCAUGGUGGAGGCCGUGGUGGAGGUCGUCGUGGUGGUUUCCGUGGUCGUGGUGGCGGAGGCUAUGGUGGCUAUGGUGGUCGUCAAGGUGGAGGCUAUGGCGGCGGUGGCUAUGGUGGCGGCUAUGGUGGUGGUGCUGCUGGUAGAUGGUAA